CGACCGCCGUCGCUGCCGCUGCAGUCUGCGACCCGCACGACCACUCAGAGGCGCCACUCCACGACCGCUGCACGACUGUCCGGCACCGGUGGAGGGCCUUUUUGUGGUGCAGAAGCGCUGCGUGAUGCCGGAUCCGUAACGGCAUGGGAGGCUCGGGAUCUACGCUGAAAGGUGGCGGCCCGGAAGCGGCCGCCGGCGGAGGUGGUGGUGGGGGCGGCAGUGGGGGCGGCAGCGGGCGCCGCUUCUCACAGCGCGCCUCCUCGCUGUUAUCGCCGUCCUCGCCGCCGCCGCCCCCACCGCCGCCGGAGAUCUCGGAGCAGCAGAAGCAGCUGCUCACGGACGCCUGGAAGACGCUCGAGGACGACAUCGCCAGCGUGGGCGUCAUCACGUUCAUCAGCUUGUUCGAGACACAUCCUGAUGUGCAACAGGUUUUCAUGCCUUUCAACGGAAUUGCCAUAGAGGAUCUGAAGCACAGCAAGCAACUAAGGGCUCACGCUCUAAGGGUGAUGGCGUUCGUGCAGAAGGCUGUGGCGCGACUGUACGAGCCUGAAGAGAAGCUGCUGACACUGCUGCAGGACCUGGGCCGUAAGCACGUCUCCUAUGGCGCCAAACAGGAGUACGUGGAUUUAAUUGGGCCGCAGUUCAUCCAGGCGAUUAAACCGUCGCUGGAAGCUCAGUGGAGUGACGAGCUGCAGGGGGCCUGGGAGCGCCUGUUCGAGUACAUCGCGUUCCACAUGAAGGCGGCCAUGGAACGCGAGAAGGCGGAGAAGCGGCGCUGACCUCCGCUGCUGGGCCGCGCGGGAUCCACGCCCUGAUCUCUCCGGCGCGGCGCUACUCGCUCUCACCCCGUUGUUGAGGACGCAGAGCCAACAGCGAGUCGAAACGUCGAGCGGUGAUUUCUGUGCGCCGUGGCACCCCACACGGAGCUUAGUUGUGGGAAAUCAUCUGUGAAGCAUGUGACUCUAAAGUGCAAUCUCUCUUCUAUAUCGACUCUUCAGAAGGUGGAACCAAGCACAAGAAUGCGUGGCUGACCACCGUGGUUCUCGAAAAAAUUAUGUUUGUAAAUUUUCAAAACAAGACGCGUCCUCCACUUCAAACAAGGUUUUCUACAGAUGUUUUCCCUUUUCAUGAAGUAUGGUGAGAACAAUCGGACAACCGCAAGUACCUCGCAGAAUGCUGAGGCAAUGAAUUGAUUAACUUAUGGCCUCCAGCAGUUUUAUGAAGUAGCGCGCACGUCGCUAACUCUUUCCAACUUUGUUUCCUGGUUGAGGAAAAACCAAGUAUGGCAGAGUGUGAGCAUUAUCAACUUUGACUGCUAAUGGCUUAGAAGCUACGCUUUCGUGAAUAAGACCUCAAUAACCUUGGCUCUGAAAAUUUUAGUAAUCUUAAAUGUGUUGGCGGUUUGCUGUAGCUGGCAUUUAGAAAUUUUAAUUUUGUGCUGAUCCUGCCAGGGCUUGUGCACACUAUAGACACAGAUUCAACUUGUGCUGUAGUUCAUCCGCCUUUCUGGUACCAUGAGUUUACUUGAACAGUAAUUGCAGCAGCUACACAACUGCAGAAAACCUGUGAAAAGCUUGUGCAUAGUUUCUGCAGCACUUUCUGUAAUGGCGUUUUAAACGUAAUCAUGUAAGAAUGACAGUUUUAAUAUAUUUUCAACCAGAUUAACUUCUGAGACAGUAACACGUAACUCGAGUCAAGUAUGAAAACAUGUGAUCAGCUUCGAUGUCCGCUCGUAGCUAGGAAAUGAAGCAGAACUAUUGGUCAAAAAUCUACUGGUCCAGUAUUUCCGUAUUAAAGCUCGUUUUAAGAAACCAGGGUAGCGAAGUACGUUGACAUAUUAUCUGAUGACCUCUCAGGUCCUUAUGUGUCCUGUGUAAAAUGUGAGUUGUAGUCUUUGAAGUUGUACAUGCCAGUGUGUUUUGUCUGGGAACAAAUUAGGCUAUUAGGACUCUGUCGGAUCAACAACAAAAAUUUAAAAGAAGAAAACUGUAUGUAAUGAAAUGAAGAACUUGUCUUUGCCUUGUCAUUAUUACAAGGAAUGCUUGGAAA